AUGACAGCAGACUUUUUCGAAUUAAUGCAUAGGCCGUGGUUCUCGAACCAGUUACAUAAGUUGUUUAAAUCGGCAGCUAACAUUCUGUUUGCUUCGAUGUACGUAGAGGGAGUGAAUGAAAGGUAUAUCAGUUUUCUAGCUGUUCUAUUUUGUAUAUGUCUUGUUAUGUCUGUGUUAAUAAAACCCAAACAGUUGUCAAGGUUUUUGAAGCUGGGCUCAAAGAGGCGGGAAGCGUUCUACGAUGCAGGAAGGAAGAUGGUGUAUUAUGACACUAUCACUCCGUAUACAAGUUGUUAAUUUAAACCUAAUAAAAAUUGCUAGGUAUUACUGGUAUAAAUAUUUGCAGUAAGCGGAU